AUGAUGGCAAAGCGCAAGCGGAAUUGGACCGACGAGGGAUCGGAAACCUUGCCGUCUUCCAACGUUUCAGACCCUGCAAAAGAGCUGGCUGUCCUGGAUGUUUUGCCGGGGAUUACCCGGAAGAUCACAGCCUGCGGUGCUUGCAGGAAACAGAAGUCAUUGGUGGAGGAAGUAAAGAACACUGAAGUCUUGCAAAGUGAUGUGUCCGGCCUACAUGAAACCCUAGACAGCAUCUGCCAGCACCUCAAUCUACCUCGACCGAAGGCUCUCUUGUCCACCGGGGAAAUAACCGAAACAGAUAACAAAAGGAUCGAACAUUAUGAUCGAGAAAGGGAUAACGAUAAUGAGGAUCUAGAUGGGUGUGAAGUCUCCCCACCGGAUACCCCAUCUGCGGUCCAAGCUCCGAUCGAUACAUACCUCGACAUUGCCAAAUUGGGGAGUCCAGGGUCAUCUGAGAAUACUCCCCCAAGUACAACAAGGCAAAAACAGCACUCAGCGCCUCAAGAUCUUGUCAGCAAAGGGGUAAUAAGCUCUACGGUCGCUGAGACAUUGGUGAAAAGAUACUUCGCACAGCUGGAUUCAUACCUAUACGGAAUAUGUAGUGGAUAUCGGAGCAUGCAACAGAUUCGGACCACCUCUCCUGUACUGUUUGCUGCCAUAUGCACAGUAUCAGCACUACAAGAUCCCCAAGGUCAGCGCAUAUAUGAAGCUUGUAAUCGCGAGUUCCGACGUCUUGUUUCCCGAUCUCUGUUCGAGAAGCACGACAUAGAACAUAUUCGCGCGCUGUGCAUUAGCUCUUUCUGGCUUUCUGAUGCUUCCAGAAUUUUGUCCAGUGAUGCUAUCCGCCGUGCAGCAGACAUGCGUCUACAUCGCAGCUUCGAACAUCUAUGCGUUCCCACCGAUCCCCGUCUGAUAGCAGGAACCAACGCCGCUCUCCAACCUCUUCACGAUACCUCGGCACUGCAAGAUCGUGUAAGGUUGUGGUAUCUGACUUUCAUAUCAGACCAACACCUUUCCAUUUUACACAAUCGGGAUCCACUCCUGCGUGGUGAUAAAGAGAUUGCUCUAAGCUGGGAGACGCUCCUGACUCGCGACGAUAUAACAGACUGCGACGUCCGCAUUAUAUCUCAAGUCGCCCUACUUGUUAUAAUGAGUCAAAUGCGAGACCUCCUUGGUUCUGAUCAAGAGACUCGCGUCCCGCAGUCUCUAUCAAAUCAAAUCAUCCACUAUUCUCGUCAGUUGGACCGAUGGUUUACGAAGUUCUCGGCUCUCUUCAAGCCAGAUCCCUACAUUGGCGACUUCCCUAAACGUGGCUUGCAGCUACAUUAUCACUUUGGAAAACUGUAUCUGGGCCACCAGGUGUUCAAGGGCUUAAAAGGCGAGACUAUACCGCCUCAUUUCUUGACUGCAGCCAGCAUGGCUCACGAAGCAGCCAUGGCGAUUUUUGAAAUGAUUCUCCAUGAAAAUCUACAACAGAGUCUCAUCGGCAUGCCGCAUUAUUUCCACAUUAUGAUUGCUUUUGCUGGGCACUUCUUAUUGGAAGUGACACAGAAUUAUCACGCCCAAUUGUCUAUUGCUCCCAGCCAGAAUUUCGAAUUGAUCCGAAAAGUUUUGGAGCUGUUCCAAGAUAUUCCAGCCGUUCAACAACAUCCUAUUUGCAGAAUGACCCCUGGGCUGACAAGAAAGCUGCGGGAAUGUGUUGGUAUAUUGCAAGGAGAUAGCGGGCACUUACUUCAGUCGCUAGGGCCGUCGGACGGGUCUAUGGAUUAUACCGAAAGCGCUCUCCACAUGCAUCCACCGGCGGGCUCAUUUUUGUUUUCUGGAGAGUCACUCGUGACACCUGUAGAUGACUUUUUGCUGGCCGAUUUUGGGGAGUUCACCUUUCCUGGGAUGAUGUCAAACGGAAUGACUUAG